CAGUUUCUUCUUCGUCGUCAUCGCCGGCUUAGGGUUUUCUUCUCUAUAAGCAACUACCUAUCUUCUUCUCUUCCUCCGGUUAGCUUUUGCUUUUACAGAGAUUAUUACCCUUGUUGCCUCAGCGAUCGAUCUGAAAAAAAGGAACUUUAAUCUUGCCGACGGCUGUUAUAUAAAAGACGGUGGCAUUUCUUCUCUGAUUGUGUUUAUUUUUAUGACGGAGAAGAUGAACACUAUUGUAAUCUAUCAGGCUCUAACUGUUACUGUUGGUGUUUUCUAAUGCUGUCGGCAAGACACUAUCUUUAGGAGUGCUAGGGAGUUUAGAGCUUACUCAGUUGACUUUUUCUUUCAAGGUUAUAGGUUUAGUAUUGUUAAUAUAUAGAAAUGGAAGCCAAGAUCGUCAAGGUGUUGGAUAGUAGGUGUGAAGAUGGAUUCGGGAAGAAGAGGAAGCGCGCAGCAAGCUAUGCUGCAUAUGUUACUGGAGUUUCGUGUGCAAAGCUGCAAAAUGUGCCCCCACCGAACGGGCAGUGCCAAAUUCCUGACAAAAGAAGAAGGCUUGAAGGUGAAAACAAGCUUAGCGCUUAUGAGAAUCGCUCUGGGAAGGCACUGGUCAGAUACUACACUUAUUUUAAGAAGACGGGAAUCGCUAAACGUGUUAUGAUCUACGAAAAUGGUGAAUGGAAUGAUUUGCCUGAGCAUAUUAUAUGCGCCAUCCGCAAUGAAUUAGAUGAAAAGAGAGCUGCAAUUGAGUUCGAGCUGUGCGGUCACAAUUUUAUAUUGGACUUCUUGCACAUGCAUAGACUAGACUUGGGAACAGGGGCAAAAACCCCUCUUGCAUGGAUUGACAUUGGAGGCAAGUGCUUUUUCCCUGAAAUUUACGAGAGUGAUGAAAGGACCAAUUGCUGCCAUCAUAACUGUGUGGAAGAUCCAAAACAUAAUGCUCCACAUGAUAUCAAACUGCGCCUUGAGAUUGACGUUAAUGGUGGCGAGUCACCGAGGUUAAAUUUGGAGGAGUGCAGUGAUGAGUCUGGUGAUAAUAUGGACGAUGUUCCCCUUGCUCAACGAUCUUCAAAUGAGCACUAUGACGACGAGGCAACAGAGGAUAGCUGCAGCCGAAAGCUUGAAGCUGCUGUUUCGAAAUGGGAUGAGACUGAUGUUAUAGUCUCUGGUGCUACUGGAACCGAAACUGCCCUUACUUCAGUGCUAGAUAUUGUGAUGUUGACGAAAAUGAAGUUCAAGCUGUCUAAUCUCCCCAAUGCUGAAGGUAAUUUGAUUGCUAAGCGUGAUAACUCAGGGGUCACUUUGGAAGGACCUAAGAAUCUUCCUCCUCAGUUGGAGUCAAACCAGGGAGCAGGAGGUUCAGGUAGUGCAAACAGUGUUGGUUCAAGCACUACAAGACCCAAAUCUCCAUGGAUGCCUUUUCCUACUCUGUUUGCAGCAAUCUCACAUAAGGUUGCAGAGAACGACAUGUCGUUGAUCAAUGCUGACUACCAACAACUGAGGGAUAAGAAGAUGACGAGAGCAGAGUUUGUGAGGAAACUGCGGGUCAUUGUAGGAGAUGAUCUGCUAAGGUCCACCAUAACAACGCUUCAAAACCAGCCAAAGUCGAAGAAGGAGAUUCCAGGAAGCAUCAGAGACCAUGAAGAAGGUGCAGGUGGGUUGUCCAAUCAGUUCGAUACUAUGGAGUUUCUGUGGAGUAGAGUAAACGGCCAUCGGCAUUUAGCUAUAAUCGAAUUUGCAACCGAGGAAUUGAUGAUGAGCCUAACUCUUGCAUACUUCGAGGGCUUUGGAGGAUUGGAAAUUUGGAUCCAUGCAGCUUUCACUGUGACUUCAUACUGAAACAAUGACAGCUCACCGUUUCAAGAUUCGGGGAUCUCAUCGGCAACCUCAUCUACCUUUAAUGAGCUUAUUCAUUGUCUGGCCCCAAAACUCUGUAAGCUAGUGACCCAAGUAAUCCUCUAUGAUUUAUGGAGAGAUUGUGAAUCAGAGACUCCAUGAAGAUCCGGUGGAUACUCGUGUUUUCUAUCGACUCAUGAAAAGUAUUGAUCUAAUGAAUUUUUCCCGAUUUG